CAAGCUCAUGACCAAUCCGAAGCAAAAUCACACAUGUAAAAAAACCUUAUCGUACUGGCCGAAAAAGGAAGGGAAACGCAAAACGCAACCUUAUCGCUUCUUGCCUGUCUGGUAACUGGUAAGAAGAGUUUCUGGAUGGGGCUCUGUCGGGUUGAGUUUCUGAAUUUAGCAACAACCUAAUAGGAUUUAGUAGUAGUUUUGAUUUCUCAUUUGCGGUUUGCUAUCUGCACGAACUUCAGAAGGGACUUCAGAAAAGUGAAGUAGCUGCCAGAAGUGAAUGGCAGGAGUGGCACUGUCAUCUUUGUCCUGCUCUUACAAGAUUGACCAUGGUAAUGAGAAAUCGACUUUGGUAUGUAAGCUUUGCAGACAUGUACAGAUAAAUGACGGCCGUAAAGUGGAGAAAACCAUGGAAUCCUCUUCAUUUACGGGAACCACAGCCUUAAAACCAUCAUCCUUAGUUUCUCCAAUUAUAACAAUUUGCCAAUUUCCAGUUACAAAACAUCCCCGAAAUCAAGUUCGAUCAUUAUACUUGGUACCCCUAUAUGCCACGUUGAACAGCCCAAGAGGCUUUGGACCCCCACCAAAGAAAAAUAAGAAGACAAAGAAGUCAAAGAGUGGUGAUGUCAAAGAAGAAGAAGAAGUUGAUGAUGAUGAUGAAGAAGAAGAGUUUGAACCAGAGGCAGGCGUAAUACCGGAGAUAGUGACCAACAGGAUGAUCAGCAGAAUGGGUUUCUCAGUUGGAGUCCCACUGUUCAUAGGGCUCCUGUUUUUCCCAUUCUUCUACUAUCUCAAGGUUGUUUUAAAAAUUGAUGUCCCAACAUGGGUGCCCUUCAUUGUUUCCUUCUUCUUCUUUGGGACUGCCCUGUUAGGGGUGAGUUAUGGCAUUGUGUCCUCUAGUUGGGAUCCAUUGAGGGAAGGCUCGCUCUUAGGAUGGAACGAGGCUCAGAAGAACUUGCCCGUUUUUUGGCAAUCGAUUUGGGGUAGAUCACAAAUCUAUAUAUUUUUGGAAUGGAGCUAGCUCUCGUACUUUGGAGGAGCAUCUUAAAGGUGGACUGGCUGCUAAAAGGAAUGCAGCAAUCUGGUCCCCUGGUUCUACUGUUCUUUUUACCUCUAUUUGGAAAAUAUCCUAGGCCUGCUUAGAAUCUCUCUCAGCCUUCUAAACUUGACCCAAAUCUGUGCUGCAUGGUGCUUAUCUAUUUAUAGUAAUAUGUUAUAAUUGGGUCUUUUCUUCUUCUCCAAAUUCCUCUUCCUUGCGUCCUAUGUUUCUUGUCUUGAUCCGGCCCAUGGACACUAACCUGCAAGAAAUAAAUCAAAGAAUCUAGGUUGCUUGCCUCCAAUUCAA